GAGGGGCUGAACACGGGGAGAGACUAUCGAGGGGUGGGGCUGUCGCCGCAGUGAUCAUCGAGCGCCGGAAGUGCUUGAAUCGCGGGGUAUCUAUAUUGUUUCUCCGAGUGAAACUUCAGAUCUCUCUUCCUGGAUUUGUGCCUUGUCUUCUUGAACCUCAAUCGUUCAGCCCAGGGGGAAUCACUUGUCGAUAGAUUGUUGACGAUUCAGGAAAAAGAAGGAAUCUUAGUGUUUCUUGGUACAAUUUUCGCGUUGUUCAACCAGAAACUCUUGAAUUUUCCCAUACUGGUGUAGAGAUUUGUGUUUGUGUAGGCUGAAUCACGGAAUUUGGGAACAAAACAAGAGUUUUUGUUCUUUUGGUUCAGUUCGUAUUGGAAUUCUAGUAUUCGGUUACGCCAACCCAGUUAUUGGAAUUAUAGCUUUCUGUUCCAUUGAAAUUUAAUCGUAUUUAUCCGAUUCUAACACGUGAUCAUCUCAAAUAUACUAUUUGUUUUUAGCUUUAAUAUUAUUGAUCUUCUAAAAGCAAGACAGUAUUGCUGUGUCAACACAAUGCAUCUGUUUUCCAUUUAAUAUCUUUGUUUUAUUCAGAAAUGGACAGGUUAUUUAAUUCUUUACCUCGGUAGUUAAGACAUUAGGUGAUUCCCUGUUGUCUUAUUGUAUUGGUUGGUGACAUGUUAUGCAUUUGGGGGCGCUUGUAUUAUACUAAUUUUAUUAGCAUUUGUUACAAGUCAAGGUGAUGCUUCAAAUGGAAACAAAAGAGAAGAGGGAAGUAUACAGCUGUGAGUUCAAAUUGAGGGAGAAUCCUCUGAAGAGAAAAGACAAAGUUUAUGUUGGUUGUGGAGCAGGCUUUGGCGGGGAUAGACCACUGGCAGCUCUCAAAUUGCUUCAGACAGUCAAAGAACUUGAUUAUCUUGUGCUUGAAUGUUUGGCAGAGAGGACACUUGCUGAACGCUAUCAACAUAUGAUGGCUGGGGGAAAAGGUUAUGACUCUCGAAUAUCAGAUUGGAUGUCUAUGCUUCUACCUUUGGCUGUAGAAAGAGGAAUUUGUAUAAUUACUAAUAUGGGUGCAGUGGAUCCACUUGGUGCACAGCAAGAAGUUCUGGACAUUGCAAGUAAACUUGGACUAAGUAUUACUACUGCAGCUGUAUAUGAAGUUUGUCAGGAGAAAUCAGGGCCUCAUCUUUCGAAAAAAGGAUAUGGUCUGUGGGACGGGGGCAUAAGUACAUACUUAGGCGCUUCUCCAAUUGUUCAGUGUUUGGAGAGGCACAAACCACAUGUUGUCAUUACUUCCAGGAUUGCUGAUGCUGCACUUUUCUUAGCUCCAAUGGUGUAUGAACUGGGUUGGAACUGGAAUGACUUCAGUCUGCUAGCACAAGGGACCCUAGCUGGCCAUCUUUUAGAGUGUGGUUGUCAACUCACUGGUGGAUAUUUCAUGCAUCCAGGAGACAAGUAUCGAAAAUUUUCUUUGGAACAGCUUUUGAAUUUGUCACUUCCUUAUGCUGAGAUUGGUUAUAAAGGAGAAGUAUGUGUAGCCAAGGCAGAAGGUAGCGGCGGACUUCUCGACAACAGUACAUGUGCCCAGCAGCUUCUUUAUGAGGUUGGAGAUCCUAGUUCCUAUAUAACUCCUGAUGUGGUUAUAGAUUUGAGAAAUGUCUACUUCUGCCCAUUAUCGAAUGAUAAAGUUCUCUGCUAUGGGGCAAAGCCUUCUAGUGUUCAAUUUCCUGAUAAGCUUCUGCAAUUGGUUCCAGUGGAUUGUGGAUGGAAAGGCUGGGGAGAGAUAUCGUAUGGAGGAUUUGGAUGUAUCAGACGCGCCGAGGCUGCAGAAUAUCUGGUUAGGUCAUGGGUGGAAGAAGUAUAUCCAGGAAUUGGAGAUUGUAUCAAAUCAUAUAUUGUUGGACAUGAUAGCCUGAAAGCAACUGCAACCCAUGAGGGUAGUUUCUCCAUGGAGCAAAUGGAUAUUAGGCUUCGCAUGGAUGGUUUGUUCAAGUUGAAGGAGCAUGCAGUUUGCUUACUUCAAGAGUUUACAGCUCUCUAUACAAAUGGGCCAGCUGCUGGUGGUGGUAUUUGCACCGGGCACAAGAAGGAAAUAGUUCUUCAGAAGCAACUGGUAUGGUUCUCUAUGUUGAAGGCACUGGUUGAACGCGAAAACAUUUUCUGGGGAUUUGAAAUAAAGAAAUCAAAGCUUAUAGAUCCAUCCAAGAAGGAAGCUACACAUGAUGGAUCAGAUCCUAUCAACACUGUAAGAGAAGAAAAUAAAGUUCUGCUCAUCUCAACCAGCACCUCUAUCAGUGGUGCGAUAUCCUCAGCACUCACAGCUGCUGCUCCAUCCAACAAGAAGAUUCGUCUCUAUCAAGUCGCCCAUAGCAGGGCUGGGGACAAAGGAAAUGACUUGAACUUCUCCAUCAUCCCUCAUUGUCCGAAAGACAUUAAUAGGCUUAAACAAGUUAUAACAAAAAGUUGGGUCAAAGAUGUGGUUUCACCCCUCCUUGAUUUCUCCUCCUUCCCCAGUGCUGAAGCUAUUGAGCAGAGAAACAAGAAGAUGGAGCAGGUGACAGUAGAAAUUUAUGAGGUCCCAGGUAUCCACUCUAUCAAUGUUGUCACACGGAAUAUUCUUGAUGGUGGCGUUAACUGUUCCCGGAGGAUAGACCGGCAUGGCAAAACUAUAUCUGACCUCAUCCUGUGUCAGGAAGUCGUCUUGCCUCCGUCAACAACUGAUGAUGUAUAGUUUUCAUGUGUGCCUUGUUGAAUCUGUAUUCUCAAAUGCUAGAUUAAAGUAGGCCCAUAUCAUUCAAUCUGAAUCUAUCCUUGGCAUCAAAUGGCAAUUUGUGGAAUGAUAACUAUGUGGACUUUGAAAGUAAUUCUCAUUUCUACUUCUUGCUGCA